AUGAGUGAAAGAGAACGGCUUCAUCAAAAUCCCAUCGACCAAACCUCGGGAAGUGUCCAGUCGGUAGAGCUCUCCCCUGAAGAAGUGAAGAAGCGUCGUCAACAAUUAUUCACUCGAAUUUUAUACAUUAUUCUGGGACUUAUGAUUACAGGAAUUAUCACUGUCGUGAUUGCUGUUUUAAUUCUCACCUAUGAAGAAAAAAUCAUCAAGAGAUCCAUCGUAUUCAAUGACGUGUUCAACGGAACCUUUGCAACAGAAUCACUAGAUGCUACUUGGUCCAAGAAUCCAAGCAAAGAAAAUUUCUAUUACUAUUGGAAAGUGAGAAAUAAUACUGCCACUUCGGAAACGAAUGGUAACACACGAGCAAAUGUUUUGACCCAUACUUUUGAGAAUAUGGCCACUGUCAGAUCCUUUAAAGCUGCAACGAAUGGAGUUGGUAUUACACCACAAUGUGAUAUCAUGAAAUUUGAUGCCAGCACAAAGACUGAAAGCGUUUUUCUCUCUUCGGAGACGCUCACUUCCAACAAAAUUUACUGUUUCACCUCGUUUUUGAUUCAAGCGGAAGAACGUUUUGUUUCUUUUGAAAUGGACGUGGAACAUGUUUGGCGUCACUCUAGUCUCAGUACAUUUAUUGUUUUGGAUACCAUUACAAAGAAGGUCACCAGUCUUUCGAAUCCACAAGCGCCAAAGCAAACCAUUAUGAAAUGGUGUAAUCCUUCGGAUGCAAGUGCAAGCUCAAAUCAAGUGGUUGCUGCUUUUGUACAAGAUAACAACAUCUUUAUUCACACAUUUGAUGCGAAUAGUGGUGAAACCAAGGUACUAAAACCAAUCACAACAGAUGGUUCUUUUGAAUUGAUUUUCAACGGUGUUGCUGAUUGGGUCUAUGAAGAGGAAGUUAUUGCAGGAGUGGAUACAUUCUUCUUCUCACCAGAUUGUUCAAAGAUUACCUAUCUAAAAUUGAACGAUACUCAAGUUCCAUUAAUUCAACUUCCUGAAUAUAUCAUUAGCAAUACCAAUGCUGAAUAUUUAGAAGUUAGAAUUCCAACACCAGGUGAUCACAAUCCAAUUCCAUCGGUUCAUGUUUAUGAUUUGAGUACUGAUACUACCUCUCAGGUGGAUAUUGGCCAAAUCCCUUAUCCUAUCAAUAUUGAAGAUGAAAAUUAUGUCUAUGACUUAAUGUGGGCGUCGAAUACUCAAGUAGCUGUUGUUCGUGUGAACAGACGUCAAAAUCAAAAAGAUAUUUUACUUGGUGAUGUGACACAAGUAUCUACACAAGGUAUUAUUCCCACUCGUAUUGUUCAUACUGUCAACACAGAUCGAUGGAUUCAAUAUGCUCAAGGUUCAACCUACUUUAUUCCUCAAACUACCUAUUUUGUUGACAUUGUUCCAAACCUUGAUCAUUAUCACCUUGCGCUUUAUGAUCAUUCCAAACCUACAAAUAACACUUUUGUGAGAUAUUUGACGAGUGGAGAUUUUGAUGUCACUCAAGUCUAUCGAACCUAUUCUCAAAAUGUUAACCAUGUCUAUUUCCAAACAACAGUUGAUUCAAACGGCAUUCAAAGACAAAUAUUUGGUACCACUCUCGAUGGAAAGAUUACAUUACUAAGCAAGAACAGUUCAACCGAUUCUGGUUCUUUCUUUGAUGCAUCAUUUAGUGUGAAUGGAAAUUAUGCAAUUUUGAAUUAUGGAGGCCCACAGUAUCCGUUUUCCACCUUGUACUCUGUUUCUUCACUCAUUGCAAGUACUGCGAAUUCUGGAUACAAUGUUAGCGAAAAUUCAGAUCUCAAACAAACAGUAGAAACUGAAUUGUUAAUGCCAAAAGUGAAGAUUACUCAAGUUCAAAAUGACAAUGGAGACAAAUUGAAUGUUCUCAUUAUUUAUCCACCUCAAUGGAAUGCAGAAAAUGACGUCAAAUAUCCUUCUGUUAUUUACAGUUACAAUGGUCCAGGUUCACAACUUGUCAAUUACAAUUGGAGAUCCAUGCACAAUUCAUUCUCCCUUUAUUUGGCUUCAAUUGGUUUUAUUGUAGUAACAGUGGAUGGUAGAGGCACAGGUUACCGAGGAGUUAAUUUCAUGACUCAAACCUAUUUAAAUUUGGGAUAUUAUGAAGUAGUGGACCAAAUUGCUGUUGCCAAAUAUCUCAGCAGCUUGUCCUAUGUCGAUAGUGCAAAGAUUGCAAUUUGGGGAUGGUCUUACGGAGGCUAUCUUUCAUCCAAGACUCUAACAUUCUCUGAGAAUAACACUAAUACUGAAACUCUUCCAUUUAAGGCAGCAUUGAGUGUUGCUCCUGUGACGGAUUGGAGAUACUAUGACACUGCCUACACUGAAAGAUACAUGUUGUGGCCAUCCGUUAAUCCAGCUGGAUACAAGAAAAGUAGCGUGUUGAAUCAAGUUCAAGAUCCAAAAUGUCCGCUAUUACCAACAAAACUUUCCAACGGAGACGUUGCACAAUCAUCAAAGAAAUUCUCCCUUGCUUUUGGCUCACGAGAUGACAACGUACAUCCGAUUAACAGUUUUAAUUUAAUGUCUCUCUUGCAAGACAAAUUGGUUCAAUUCGAUUUAAUGGUCUACACGAAUAAGGACCACUCGAUUGACAACAGACGUCAUAUUUACAGAUACCUUACUGAUCAUUUAGUUACGAAUAUCAAGUAA